AGACCAGAACCAUCGAUUCCGGUCCGGUUCGGGUUUACACUUUACGGUAAAACUAAAACGGCGACGUUGCACGAUGCUAUAAAUUCUGUCUGUGCUGAUUUUUACUCUGAAACCCAGAAAGGCUGGGUGCUGAAUUAGAAGACGCUUCAGUCCUCACCGGCACACCCACGACAGAGUGAAGCAAAGCUUGAGGCAGGCUGCAUGGAUUUGCAGACCUAUUGGACGUCGUUGCGAAGGCUUGAAUAUUUGUUUAGCAACGGAAGUACUCGAAUUUAGUGGCAUUGGGGAGAAGAGUAGACUAAACAAGAGAGAUCUGCCUGAUUUCAUGGUUUUGGAUACUGUCUGGAGAGGGGAGGUCUCUUAAAGGUGUUUGUCGACAAGGUGUCUUCCAAUGCUCUGUGUCAUGGGCAUGGUUGUUAGCAGCUAUAUAUAGUCUGUGGUACAUAUUGCCGUUAUUGAACACUAGUAUGGGAAGAACUGAAAAACGGCGGUCGCUAGCCCAAAUUACUUGUUCACAAUCUCAGAUGAAAGGUAAGGCAGGGCCAUAUAUCUCAUGGAACAAACAAAUGGAUGCUGCAUUGGCUAAAGCUUUGACUGGCCAAAUGAAGCAAGGUAACAGGGCUGAUGGACAAUGGACAAGACAUGCCAUUGAAGCAGUUGUGCAUGAGUUAAAUAUGACUUUAGAACUUGAUUUGACAAAAGACAAUGUGAAGAAUAGACUGAAGGCUUGGAAGAGACGUUAUGCCAUUAUAUCUGAUAUCAAGAAUCAAAAUCGGCGUAUGUGGGAUGAAGGUAGGAAGAUGGUUGUAAUCACACCACAAAAUCUGGAAGCUUGGAAUGAUUAUGUAGAGUCACAUCCUCUUGCACGUCGCUAUCAAAACAAAUUCAUUGAUAAUUGGGGUGACCUUGCAUUGCUAUGUGGGAAUGAUACGACAACAGUUGAAGGUCCUGAAAAUAUUGAAGAUGUUGAAGGAGCAAUGGGAGUUGAGGAGGAAAAUGGAGUCAAUUUCAUCUCUAGUUCCCGUAGUGUUACACAUCCUUCAGCUUCAACUUCAGAUUCGCAGCCACUGAUGAACAAAGCCGAGAAACAUCCGUUGAGAGUUGAAGAAGAAAAUGAAGUUAAUUCAAUUUCUAAUUCACAUAGCUCAACUCAUCCUUCAGCAUCAACUUCUAACCUGCAUCAAAAGAAGAAAGCAAAGAAAGACCUCUUGGCAGAUGCAGUUGGUGAGAUGGCAUCUUCGCUAAAGGAGUAUUUGGCAAGUAAGAUGGACCUGAACAGAACCCAACCCAAAGGUGAAGAAGUAUAUGAGGUGGUUUCAAAGGUACCAGGGCUCAGUAAAUUGCAGAUUUUUAAGGCCAUACGAGUAUUACUGAAUGGUAACCCGGAAGAGUUCUUUCUAUUGAAAUAUCUUCCUGAUGCUGAGAAGACAGAGUGGAUACUAUAUCUUAUUACUCACUCUUAA